AUGGCGUUUCGCGCGAGACCAGUGUCUCUAUUUCGGAGGCGGGUCGGGUCGGCCUGGGUUUUAGGUCGGACGCGAGGUCUAGCGACGGUCUCUGAAGGGACGCAACCCUACGAUGUCGUUGUGAUCGGAGGCGGACAUGCUGGAUCGGAAGCAUGUGCGGCUUCUGCGCGGUCAGGGGCGCGUACUGCGCUGGUGACGCCCUCGUUAUCGAAUAUCGGUGUCUGCUCGUGCAACCCCAGUUUCGGCGGAAUCGGAAAGGGCACAAUGAUCCGCGAGGUGGAUGCGAUGGAUGGAGUCGCGGGACGUAUUAUCGACAAAGCGGGGAUUAUGUUCCGAGUCUUGAAUCGCUCUAAAGGCCCGGCGGUGUGGGGGCCCCGCGCGCAGAUCGAUCGCGAUCUGUAUAGGAAGCAUAUGACCGAAGAACUGGUCAAUACGGAGGGAUUGAGUAUUGUGGAGGGCAAGGUUGCGGAUAUUGUGGUUUCGAAGGAAGGUGUUGAGAAUACGCCGGGUGCUCAGGGAAAGAUCGUUGGUGUUCGUCUGGAGUCAGGCGAGGUGAUUCCUACUGGUCGUGUAGUCAUCACUACUGGAACUUUCCUGGGUGGUGAGAUUCAUAUCGGACUGGAGAGUUACCCGUCUGGGCGCAUGGGGGAGGCUCCUACGUAUGGGUUGAGCAAGUCUCUCCGCGAUGCGGGAUUCCAACUUGGACGGUUGAAGACGGGCACGCCGCCUCGGUUGGAUAUGAAGACGAUCGAUUUCAAGCCUCUGGAAGUUCAGAAGGGUGAUUCACCUCCCAUGCCGUUCUCCUAUCUGAACAAGGGCGUUGAUGUCGGCGACGAGGGCCAGCUCAAUUGCUGGAUGACCCAUACCAACGAAGCCUCGCACGAAAUCAUUCGCGCAAACUUGGACAAAUCGGUGCAUAUCCGGGAAACUGUCCGAGGACCGCGGUACUGUCCGUCUUUGGAAUCGAAGAUUAUGCGAUUCAAAGACAAGGAGAGACACCAGAUAUGGCUUGAGCCAGAAGGCUUUGCGCCUAACGAAGUGAUCUACCCCAACGGUAUCUCGAUGACAGUGCCCGCGGACGCGCAGUAUGCCAUGCUGCGCACUGUUCGUGGUCUCGAGAAUGUGACCAUGCUCCAACCAGGCUACGGUGUGGAGUACGACUACAUCGACCCGCGUAACCUCCGCGCUACACUGGAAACGAAGCUGAUCAGCGGUCUCUAUCUGGCUGGCCAGAUCAACGGUACCACUGGCUAUGAAGAAGCGGCCGGACAGGGUAUUAUCGCAGGCAUGAACGCGGGUCUGGAGUCACAAAACCGGGCCCCAAUGACUCUCAGUCGAUCUGAUGGAUUCAUUGGUAUCAUGAUUGACGAUCUCAUCACCAAGGGCGUCUCCGAACCAUACCGAAUGUUCACCACUCGAAGCGAGUACCGUAUCUCCACCCGCUCCGACAACGCUGAUCUUCGCUUGACGCGGAUGGCUCGCGACGCCGGUGUCGUCAAUGACAAGCGCUGGAGGCACUUCUCAGAUACAGAGACUCAGAUCCAAGAGCUGCAAACUCUACUCGCUAACACGAAGCUCUCCUCGAGUGCAUGGUCCCGCAAAGGAUUCAAGGUCCGCGUCGACACCUCUGUCCGCUCCGCUCUCGACAUCUUGUGUCUUGACGGCGCCGACAUUGACACUUUGAUUCCACACAUUGAAUCGACCUCUGGCACUGCCUAUACGCCCUCAUCCUUUGCACCGGAGAUUCGAGCCCGGGUCGCCAUCGAAGGCCGGUACGCUCCAUACCUUAAGCGACAGGAGAAGAUGGCUCAGCGGUUCCAGCAGGAUGAAAACCUGCUUUUACCCGCUGACCUGGACUAUAGCCAGAUCUUUGGCAUCAGCAAUGAAGAGAAGCAGGCUCUCGAGCGUGUCCGGCCCGCCAGUGUUGGCAUGGCCAGGCGAAUCGAAGGCGUUACGCCUACAGGUGCGCUCCGACUUCUCAUGCAUGUGCGGAAGGGGACCGGGUUCGCCAAGGAGGUGUCUGAGGAUGGAGAUGUCGAUGAAGUGUUGCGCUCGUCGCCGUGA